GAGCGAGGUCCGCCUGAGGGAAAUCAUCCAGCAGAGUAAUCUCGUCCAGGAAACAGGUUCUCGCACCUCUCUCUCUCUCUCUCUCUCUCAGACAUCAUGCAUCUCCCCCUACUCCCCCUGCUAGGCUGGGCCAUUGCCCCAGUCCUCGCCGGCUGUCCGUAUGCGAGCCGACAAGCUGGAAUGACCCCCGAGGACAUUGCCAAAGCCCAUGCGGCUCAUGCCUCUCGCAGCUUCGCGGCUCCGGAUCGUGCCUCCCACUCCGCUCACAUUCGGUCCACCAAUGCCACUCAGAAAGGCAUCUUCAUGAUGAACCGCAUUGCCCCGGGGACCUCGGAGCUGUACAUUGCCAAUGCGGACGGCAGCAACGAGCGACCCCUGCUGUCCGACCCGAUCUACGAAUACCAUGCCACCUUCUCCCCGGACGGGGAAUGGAUCACCUUCACGGGCGAACGCAACGGCGACGGCAACUCGGAUAUCUACCGGGUGCGUACCAAUGGCACCGACCUCCAGGAGCUCCUGGCGACACCAGCGGUGGAGGACUCGGUAGUGCUCUCCCCCAACGGCAGUCUGGCUGCCUUCGUCUCGACCGCCAACGGAUUCAAGUCGAACAUCUGGCUGCUGGAUGUGAAGACCGGCCACUCGUGGAACCUGACCAACAACACCGCGUACGUGCCCCUGGCGAACCAGACCAUGAUGGAGAGUUACCUCCGUCCGGCGUGGUCCCCCAACGGCGAGUGGCUCGCCUUCUCGUCCGAUCGCAACACCCAGUGGUCGGGCCACGGCGAGCCGACCUACCUGGGGCUGACGGGGUGGGAAACGACCCAGGAGCUCUCCAUCUACGUGAUUCGCGCGGACGGGACGGGCUUCCGGCGGCUAGCCACCAAGCCACACUACUCCCUGGGCUCGCCCAAGUGGUCGGCCGACGGCCAGCGAGUGAUCUUCUACGAGAUGACCCGCGAGAACACCUACAACUCGCACCGGCCCGAGACCGUGGGCCAGGCGAACUCGACCCUGGUGUCGGUGGACUUUGCCACGGGGCAGGACCGCCGCGUCGAGGUGGCCGCCGCCUCCGUGCUGACCUUCCCUCAAUAUCUCCCCAACAACACUAUCGGCUACUCGAUGCGCGGCAGCCGGGACGGGGUGGCCACCACGGCGGGCCACUGGAUCAACAGCACCAACAGCAGCAUCACCCUGCGCUCGCCCUCGUGGUCCCCGGACGGCCAGCAGGUGGUGUACGAGAAGACGACCUGGUCGAUCCGCCCCGGCUACAAGCAGCUGUACAGCUGGGAUCCCGAGUGGGAGUACCGCUUCACGGAUGUCUUCCCGCAGAUGAGCUCAAACGACCGCAUCGUGAUCACGCAGAAGCAGCUGGGCAACUCCUCGAUUGUGACGCUGAAUCCGCACGGCGAGGACCUGCAGCUUGUCUACGACCCUAGCACGGCGGACUUCCUGCCCGCCUCGGAGACGGCCGGGCUGGCGGCCUUCAACCCCAACUGGUCCCCGGAUGGGGAGUGGCUGGUGUUUGGCGUCGGCUUCUGGUUCGAGACGCGCGAGGCCUCCGGGGGCUGGAUCGUGCGCGCCACGGCCAACGGUUCCUACUCUGAGGUCAUUGUGGAUAGCGCCUACAGCAUCACCAACAGCACUACCCUCAACAGCGGCUUCCCCAGCUUCUCCGCCGAUGGCAAGCAGGUCGUCUACCGCGUCUGGGGCGCCGACACCGCCACCUACGGCAACAGUAGCGAGAUCGGCCUUCGGGUGCUCGACCUCGAGACCCGCGCCGUCACCGUUAUCACCACCGAGUGGGAUAACCUGCCUGCCUACUCCCCGGACGGCGAACGCAUCCUCUUCACCCGCAAGACCAACUCCUACAACUACGAGGUGUGCACCAUCCGCCCCGACGGAACCGAUCUGCGCGUCCUGACCACCAGUGGGGGCAACGAUGCCCACGCCGUCUGGUCGCAGGACGGUCAGAUCAUGUGGUCGACCGGGAUGUGGGGAUUCCGCUCCGAGUGCGCCCUCUACGAUAACACCUUCCAGCCCUACGGGCAGAUCAUGAUCAUGGAGGCGGACGGAUCCAACAAGCGCAUGUUGACGGACUCACUGUGGGAGGAUUCGAUGCCCCUGUAUCUUCCCAACCGGGUGUUGUAGACUUGGAUUGGAAGGAGUGCUGGAGGGCUUGGUGGUGCAUGCGUUUUCCCAACCGUCUCGGGGGAAGAGGGGAGGGGGUAAGGGGGUGGCUCCAUCUAGAUGGAGGCCCAACCUUUUUGAGAAUAGAGAUGUGUUUUUUUGCUUGCAUUUAUUUCAAACCCGCGUUAUGCCGAGAAUUUGUACAUGCUUCACCAAUGAUUGACCAGUGAAAACUGCG